GCGCAAGGUGACAGACCACGGUACAGCGCAGACCCCGCACAUCCUGAGCCCGCGCAUGCGCCUCACGGGUCGCCUCAGGUAUAUAAGGGACGGGACAUGCAACUGAGACUCCAACUGGUGUUCUCUUCCUGCAACGGUACAUCCUCUAGAAGCAGUCAUGAAGGUCUUGGCGGCGUGCUUACUGCUGGCGCUGGGAGUGUCUGCCCAGAAUGCCGGUACUAAUGGCGGUAAUGUCAUUCAACCCGAGACUGCUACCAGAGUUUUGAAGGCUGACGUCUUGAGAGACGCUCCUGGGGCCAGCUUCGGCUCCACCACCUGCAGCUUCUACGAGCCGGGUGUCACCUGGAACCUCGUGGUGUUCUGCGGGCAGGCUACCUGCAUGAAGAACGAGACUGGCUUCUUCGAGAUCGUGGAGGACUGCGGACCGGCGCCCAAAGCCAACGAACAGUGCCAGCAGAUCCUCGCUCCCCCCCCCGGCGCUGACUUCCCCCACUGCUGCCCCAAGUAUGACUGCCUCCCCGGCGUCACCCUGGAGUUCCCCACGGAGGAGGAGAUCAAGGCUGAGCUGGACAGACUACGCAAGGAGCGCGAGGAGGCACAGAAGAAGGCCCAGCAGGAAGCUGCAGCAACCCAGGCCACCGCCUAAGCUUAAACCACUCACCCAUCCAUUACUCAAGCUUAAGCCACACACCUACCCCACCAAAAGACCAUUAGAAGUUGAGUAAGGGUAUUUUUAGAUGGAAAAUUCAUAGUUUACCACAGGCUUAAACCACACCCACCUACACCAUCACGAGACCAUUGGCAGUGGGGUAAAGGGAGUCAACGGAAAAUUCUGAUAGUUCUUUGUUAUACGGUUAUGUUACGAAGGAAACUAUUUUUUUUAUUUAUUUAUUUUUUUCGUUUUUUGAGAAUGUGUUUCCAGACAGACGCGCUAAAAGGCUAUUAGCUUUGGAAUAAAGGGGAAAAUAAACGGAAAUUAGCGACAGUUCUUGUUAUGUUUUCUUAUUAAUCAAACAUCAUUUUCUUCAGACAGACGCACUAAAUAAAGGCGUCUCAAUCAAAACAACAGAAAACAGAAGCAUUACUUUCUUAAGAAGUGUUACCAUUGUUGUAUCAUUAAUCAAACAAUUUUUUUCUUUUCUUUUUCGAGGAUGCGCGCGCAGUUUUACCAGAAAGACGCGCUAAAAGGGAAGCUAAAUCAAAAUAUGAGUACUACUACUUUCUAAAGGGCAUAGGAGAGAGCAGACACGUUCACUAACAAGCUCAUUAACACGACUAUUGUUACACGCUGAUCCUGAACUGAAGAGGGUCAAGAGAAGAGAGCUUGCUUGGUUUGAACGUGAAAGCUGUUUUUCUUAGCAGUUUCAUGAUUGCAUUGUUGGAUUGGAGAGAAAUAAAGGUGAAGAAAAACAAA